CUGUACAGGGUAUCAUGAUGUAACGGUAAAUGUAACGGUACCUAUAGAUUAUUCUAUUGUACAUUUAAACUGUGUAGAUCCUGAUCCAGAUGAUAUUCUCAACUUUAUAUUUACACACGGUAACGAUAACAACCAGUUUAAGAUACAAGAUGGCGUUCUUAAACUCGCCAAGAAAUUUACACCCGAGAUAGCUUAUCAAUUUCAACUGGAAAUUCAUGUAGCAGAUAAAUCAGGUAGUCAGGCUGCAAUAGCUGUUAUAGUGGAAGUUAAAAACGAUAAUAACUACACACCUGUAGUUACCUGGCCAUCCUCAUCUGUAACUAUCAGUGAAUCAACACCUAUAGGUACACGUAUAGCUACCUGUACAGUAACCGAUGGCGAUUUAUCUACCAAUACUCUAGCAGGACAAACCAGGGUAGACUUCAAUAAACCAGAUUCCCUGGCAGCCAAUAAAUGGGUUUUAGAUUCACAUUCCUGUGAGUUAUAUACCAACCAAGUGUUGAAUUAUACAUUUAAAAGAUCCUACUCUCUCACCAUGGUGGCGUAUGACUUGGAUCCUCAUAAUCCUCGGAGUGUAUUAACCACCCUGGUUGUCCAGAUACAGGAUGUUCAAGACAAUCAACCGAGGUGUCCUGGGAAUCUGAAGAUAGCCACAACAACUACAAGUGUGGCUGUAGGAACACCACUAACACAGCUAACAUGUAAUGAUGAUGAUACAGGCCCUGCUGGACAGAUAACAUAUACAUUAGAUGAAACCAACGCAGCUAGUACAUUCAGUAUGUUUCAAAUUGAUUCUGUAACUGGGUCGUUGGUGCUGAAGUCCGGAAUAACCGAUCACACUGUUCCUUACUACGAAAUAUUGAUAAAAGUCCAAGAUGGCGGUACACCAGCUUUAUUUACCAACGUUCUUGUCCGUCUUGUGGUUUCGGACGUACCUCAAGAUAUACCGCAACCUCCCAGUAGAUUCAAUAUGGAUUUAGCCCAUAUUUCUGGGUCCAUGUCACACCCAUUAGAUACUAGAAAUAGUACCCCACUACCACCACCAGCUGCCUUGGGGAUGCCAUAUUGUUCACGUUAUGCAGUGACAGCUAUACUUCCCGAGUCCAUCCCAGAAGAUACGAUGGUUUAUGAUUUGGGAUGUGAAGACCCAGAUGGUGAUCACCUGACCUAUGCCAUCUUACGAGGAAACGUCUAUGAUAAGUUUAAAAUAGAGAACAACGGACAACUGGUUCUAAAUAAAGAAUUAAAUGCCGAUGGAAGAGAUAGAUAUUACUUGCGAAUCACUGCAAGGGAUAACAGUUACAGUGCGUUUAUCUCCACAGUAACCGUCGCCGUUACUGUAACAAACGUUAACGACAACCAUCCAGUGAUUAACGAUCUACCAUCAACUAUUAAAGUGGGUGAACGUCAACCAAUAGGCGCCCUAGCUCAUAAAUGUACGAUAACCGACAAGGAUUCACCAGAAGUACUUGGUGGACAAACAAGAGUGGGGUGGCCAAAUUCAGAUGGUGUUUAUAAGAAUUGGUUAGUGGACAGUACAACGUGUAAUUUAUAUGUAAAUACGCAGCUUGAUUUUGAGACGACAUCGAUGUAUGUUUUAACUCUACUGGCUUGGGACUUGGAUCCUAUUCAACCCCUCACUACCACUGCUACCUUUACCAUCUUAAUCGACGAUGAAAAUGAUGCACCGGUCUGUGAUGUUAGUAAACGAGUGAGUGUAUCUGAAGGUGCAUCUAUUAGUAGUGAAAUCACCACAGUACACUGUUCAGAUGUGGAUACUGGUCUCAAUGGACAACUGACAUAUAGCUUAGAUGGAGAUACAGCUGCCCUAUCCAAGUUUGAAGUUCGUCCUGAAAGUGGAGAAAUUAAUUUAAUUGGUGGAUUGGAUUAUAGCCAACAGACCUCGUAUCAAGUUAAACUAAUAGCCUCGGAUGGCGGUGUUCCAAGUCGUACUUCAUCAACUAAUGUACAAAUUGACGUCAUAUCACAAACAGUCAUAAACACAAGUCCUAUAUGUCCUGCAAUCGGAGUGGUUACUGUACCUGAAGAUUCACCAAUAGGAUCGACCGUUACAUCUAUAACAUGUACAGACAGUGAUCCGGGUGUUAGCGGGCAAGUGUUUUAUAGAAUGGCCGGAUCAAAUGUCCCGAUAACCUGGAACAGUUUUCAAGUGGUGGAAUCGACCGGUGAAUUAAAGAUAAAAACAACACUAGAUUACCAACAAUCGUCACAUAAUGUUAGAAUAUUAGUUUUUGAUGGCGGAGCUCCUACUCUCAGUGUAACAGCAACAGUUACAGUUAAUGUUUUAGAAGUGUAUGAAGCACCGGUUUGUAAUGAAAGUAUUUCUAUACGCAUCCCAGAAACAACUGCCCUGAAUUCGCCAUUUUACACCAUGUCUUGUACGGAUAGUGAUUCGGGUCUAAACGGAGUGGUGCAUUAUCAGAUCCAUGGAGCAAACACAGACGUGGUGUUAUCAAAGUUUGAAGUGGACAUAUCAACAGGAGAAGUAUCUCUGAAAGCCCAGUUGGAUUUUGAACAAAGGAUAUCAUACGAGGUUAUAAUCAUAGCUUAUGAUGGUGGAAGUCCAAGUCUAAGUUCUACAGCAACUCUAACGGUAAAUGUGGGACCGGUUAAUGAAGUACCAGUAUGUCAAGCUAGUGAGAGUGUAUCGUUACCAGAAGCGUCACCAGUAGGUACACCAGUUUGGACUCUAACCUGUACUGAUUCAGAUACAGGUGCUAAUGGACAGAUUAGCUAUAGAUUAGAUAACAAUAAUACGGCGGAUGUUGCAGCGACGUUUGAAGUUGGUGCGAGUUCGGGACGUGUGAAACUUCGAGAUGUAUUAGAUUACAGCCAACACCAAUCGUACGAUGUUCAAGUGGUAGCUUAUGAUGGGGGUAGUCCAAGUCAGAGUUUUACAUCAACUAUUAUAGUUAGUGUACUAAAGACCAACGAGGCACCGGUAUGUACAGGGAAUCCGGUCGUAUCAUUGCCAGAAAGUUCGACAACAGGAUCAUCAGUUAGAAAUCUUAUGUGUACAGAUGCCGACUCCGGCACAAAUGGAUUGGUAUAUUAUAAGUUAGACGAAAGUAACACCGCCACCGUGAUCGCAACAUUUCAAAUCGGCAUGACAACUGGGCAAGUUACACUAAAGACUGGUUUGGAUUACGAGCAGCACGCGUCUCAUCAAGUUAAAAUUAUAGCUUACGACGGAGCUAGUCCAAGUCUUAGUUUUACAUCAACCGUCACAGUAAUUGUAAUAGACAACAAUGAACCACCGGCGUGUCCAGGUAGUCCGAGUGCUAACGUACUAGAGAAUUCAGCCACUGGAACAAAUGUUGCUAGUAUUACGUGUAACGAUUUAGAUGCUGGAACCAAUGGACAAAUUGAUUUCAAGAUGGAUGAAUCUAACAGUGUCACUACCAAGAAUUUAUUUCAAGUUAAUUCAACUGGACAAGUUAGUCUGAAGGCUGGGUUAAACUUUGAACAACAGAUAUCACACGUGGUUAAAGUUGUAGCUUAUGAUGGUGGUAGUCCCAGUCUCAGUGCUACAGCAACUCUUUCUGUUAAUGUGUUGGACAAUAACGAAUCACCGGUAUGUCCAGCAAGUGAGAGUGUAUCCCUACCAGAAGAUUCACCAACAGGUACACCAGUUGGUACUAUAACCUGUACUGAUCCAGAUGCUGGUGUUAAUGGACAGAUUACUUAUACCUUAGAUGGAUCUACUAGUGACCUGUCUAAAUUUCAAAUUGGAUCCAACACGGUUACACUAGCAGCUGGAUUAAAUUAUGAUCAACAAUCAUCCCACCAGCUUACAGUCAUAGCUUCUGAUGGUGGUAACCCUAGUCUUAGUUCUACAACAACUUUAACUAUUACUGUUUUAAACGUUAAUAGACCACCAGUAUGUCCUAGUAGUAGUCUAACUGCUAACAUGGGUGAAACUUCACCAAUAGGAUCAGGUGUUAAAACUCUGUCUUGUACAGAUAUUGAUACAGGUACUGAUGGUCAGCUAUCUUAUAAACUAGAUGAUACAAACAGUGCCGCUACCAAAUCUAUUUUUGAAGUUAAUCCGACGUCCGGACAAGUUAGUCUAACAUCUGGAUUAGACUUUGACCAACAAUCAUCACACCAAGUUAAAGUUAUAGCCUAUGAUGGUGGUAGUCCAAGUCUGAGUUUUACCUCAACUAUAAUGGUUAAUGUUGCUGAUGAUAACGAACAUCCGGUUUGUGACGUGAGUCAGAGUAUAAGUUUAUCUGAAAACCGCGGAGUGGGAACCGGCGUAACCACGGUUACAUGCACUGAUGCAGAUACUGGUGUCAAAGGUCAAGUGUUUUUUAAGAUUGGUGAAUCUAACAGUGAUGUAGUGAAAACAAUAUUUGAAGUAAACCCAACAACUGGCCAAGUUAGUUUAAAAUCUGGGUUAAACUACGAACAACAGACAUCGUAUCAAGUUCAAGUGGUAGCUUAUGAUGGUGGUAGUCCAAGUCUUAGUUUUACAUCAACUAUACAGGUUACUGUAACGGAUAUAAAUGAAGCCCCGAGUUGUCCAGUAAAUCCGGCUGUGUCUGUACGAGACGACACACCAGUAGGAAGAACUAUAGAAACACUCUCGUGUUCAGAUGAUGACGCUGGAGUAAAUGGCGUUGUUUCUUAUAAGAUGGAAGGAUCUAACAUAGUUGCAACACUGUCAACAUUUGAAGUUGGUUUAACAACUGGACAACUACGUCUGAAGUCUGGAUUAAACUAUGAUCAACACUCAUCAUAUGAAGUGAGAAUUAUAGCUUAUGAUGGUGGUAGUCCAAGUCUCAGUUUUACAACAACUAUAUCAGUUACGGUGUCGAGAAUCCAGAACAGCGCACCGGUAUGUCCGGCCAGUCAGACUGUAAACAUCGGAGAAAAUUCCUCUCCAGGAAUUGAAGUUGCUACCAUUACCUGUACCGAUACUGAUGUGGGCACUGCAGGACAAGUAUAUUUUAGAAUUGACGACACAAACACUCCGGUAGUUAAGACUAGUUUUCGGGUGGAUUAUACAAAUGGAUUAGUAACUCUUCUAUCCCCAUUAGACUACGAACAAUACCAAUCACAUGAAGUGAAGGUUAUAGCUACCGAUGGUGGCAGUCCAAGUUUAAGUUCUACAGCAACUAUUGUCGUAAAUGUCAUGAAUGAUAAUGACGCACCGGUAUGUCCAGCAAGUGAGAGUGUAUCGCUACCAGAAGAUUCACCAGCAGGUACACUAGUUGGUACCAUUACCUGUACUGAUACAGAUACAGGUGUUGAUGGACAGAUUACUUUUAAAAUCGAUGGAUCUAAUACAGCUACAGUUCUAUCGAUUUAUAAAGUUGCUUCAACAACGGGACAAGUUAGUCUGAAGGCUGUAUUAGACUAUGAUCCACAAACUGUCCAUCAAGUUCUAGUUAUAGCUACAGAUGGUGGUAGUCCAAAUCUCAGUUCUACGGCAACUCUAACAGUUACUGUUCUAGAGGUUAAUGAAUCACCGGUGUGUCCAUUAAGUCAGAGUGUUUCAGUACAAGAAGAUUCUCAGACAGGUAUACCAGUUGGUACUAUAACCUGUACCGAUACAGAUACAGGUGUUAAUGGACAGAUUAGUUAUAAAAUCGACGGAUCUAAUACAGCUACAGUUCUAUCGAUAUAUGAAGUUGCUUCAACAACGGGACAAGUUAGUCUGAAGGCUGUAUUAGACUAUGAUCCACAAACUGUCCAUCAAGUUCUAGUUAUAGCUACAGAUGGUGGUAGUCCAAAUCUCAGUUCUACGGCUACUCUAACAGUUACAGUUGUUGAUGUUAAUGAAUCACCGGUGUGUCCUUCUAGUCGGAGUAUAACGCUAGGUGAGUCAACACCAACAUCAAAUACUGUUACUACUAUUGACUGUACAGAUCCUGAUAUUGGUGUUAAUGCUGAUAUAUACUUCAAGAUAGACGAAUCUAAUCUCGUGACUACCAAGAACAUAUUUCAAGUCGAUUCUACAACCGGACAAGUUAGUCUAAAGACUGGAUUAGAUUAUGAACAGCAACCAUCACACGUAGUUAAAGUUAUAGCUUAUGAUGGUGGUAGUCCAAGUCUUAGUUUUACAACAACCAUCAUGGUAACUGUUGUCACGGAUAACAAAUUUCCGGUAUGUCCAGCAAGUGAGAGUGUAUCCCUACCAGAAGAUUCACCAACAGGUACACCAGUUGGUACUAUAACCUGUACUGAUUCAGAUGCUGGUGUUAAUGGACAGAUUAGUUAUACAUUAGAUGAAUCUAACAGCGUUACUACCAAGAAUUUAUUUCAAGUUAGUUCAACUGGACAAGUUAGUCUAGCAGCGGGUUUAAACUAUGAUCAACAGCAAACACAUCAAGUUAAAGUUAUAGCUUCUGAUGGUGGUAGUCCAAGUCUCAGUUCUACAGCAACUAUUAUAGUUAAUGUUUUAAUCAGUACAAAUAUUAACCACGCUCCGGUAUGUUCUGGUGAUUAUGAUAGUUCUGUGUCUGAAGGUUCUAUAAUAGGUACUGUCAUUACAACUAUAACCUGUACAGAUAUAGAUACCGGAGUGAAUGGUCAGAUUAGCUACCUAAUAGAUGGAACCAACAGCGCCACUAUCAAGAAUUUAUUUCAAGUCACUGCAACAGGAGAAGUUAGUCUGAAGGCUAUAUUAAACUAUGAUCAACAGAAAUCCCAUCAAGUUAGAAUUAUAGCUACUGAUGGUGGUAGUCCAAGUCUCACUUCUACAGCAACUCUUACUGUAAAUAUCCAAUUUAGCAGGGACGUCAAUCACGCCCCGGUAUGUCCAGCGUCCAGGAAAACAAAUGUAACUGAUACUGCAACUGUAGGAAAGAUAUUAACUCAACUUGUGUGUACUGAUGUUGAUGAAGGAGUCAAUGGGGCAGUUAGUUACACUCUAGAUGGCGCCAACAGUGAAGAAGUGAAGAAGAAUUUCAUUGUUAGUAGAAGCACUGGUCGACUCACAUUAAACUCUGAGUUGGACGCCAACAAAAACAACUUAUUUACGAUAAGAGUUAUCGUUGUUGAUGGCGGAUCACCCAGUCUCAGUGUGACAGCUACAAUUUUUGUUAAUGUCACGGCCGCUGCGUCGACUCUAAGCACAGCUUUCAUUGGUUAUCUGUUUUCUCUCUUGAUCUGGUAUUUGGCUUUCUAAAUUGACGUCAUUCAUAAACGCAUUUGUAAUUUCUUGCAAAAUACGUAAAAAUGUUAAAUUAUUAUUAAUUUAAAUUUGUUCUUGUGGAUAUUAUAUAAAUUCUAACAUUUAUGUGUCGGCAAUGUCCAAAAUGUCCUCGAAGAACCUCUCAUAUUUGCUUCCAGUUUCAACAGUUUUAUUUAUUCAACAUCAUGCUGUAAAUUAGCAGUACAUCUAUUCGUCGUUUUAUAUACAACCAAGGUCGAGUAUCUCUUCUUGUGGGCCCUCGACCAAACCAACCGGUAUAAAGUUUGUCAUUGUUAUCGCGUAGUUUUAAUAGUUCAGAUAUAUCGGGUGACCCCGACAAAAGGUCAAAUAGUGUUAAUGUAGUAAAAGUUUUUAAAAAAAGAAUAUCAAAUCAUUUUUUGCUACAUCACACACAAAUCAGUUUGUAAAAACAAAUUUGAUGAAUAAUGCCAUCUGAAACAGUCUCCCGGUAAAGGUUAAAGAAAGACGCACUAACCACUCACAGGAAUCAAAAUGUUAAUGGUAGAUGAAAUAUUGUAUUGGUUCUUCCAUCAAAAUCAGCCGUUUCCUCCCACUCCUAAAGACCCCUACGCGCAAGCGAAUUAUUGAAAUUAAAUUGAACCAGGGCCCACACUGUCGGUCGCCAAAGUCGGGACUUGCGAUAAAAAUUUGAUUUUGGCGAUAAUUUUGGCGAGACGUAAAAUUGUUAGGUGUUGUCUUUUUUAUCACAUAUUUUUGGCAAUAAAAUAUUCCAGUUGGCGGAAAAAAAUAUGAACAUUUUUUUUAUAUAAAAAUUAUCAUCCAUUUUGGCUGAAAAAAAAUUGAAAGCCAGUGUGAGCCCUGAAUUGAACCAUAUGUUAAUCUCUCUCUUUCUCUUAUUGCAUGACUGAUAUUGGUAUUAAAUAUUUAUCUUUCACAGUUGUUUCAUAUUGAUUUAAAAUUAUUGAUAUAAAUUCUUUCAUACAUAUUCACGAUAUAUUCUCUACUUAUCAAUCUGAUUAAAACAAAGAUCCUAUUUCGUUUCGUUUUUAUUAUAGUUCAAAAUUUCGUUUUACUUGUCAUUAUUACACUAGGAUCUGGAAGAGUUGUUAUCUUAAACGUGAUUGGGAUAAUGUGAGGGAUUAGCCAAUGAAACAGUCUGUUACGGCGAGUUUUUGGCGUGAUGUGCACGGAACUGUGGGUAAUCCACUAGAAACAUUAAUGCCGAUUUGUUAAUUACAUGUCUGGUGUCAUAGGGUCAAAAGCCGCUCGUGUGUCAUCUGGCGCGACCUCCCAAAACAUCUGGUGAGAUGUUCAUGUAGUGUAGGCCAUCGAAAGUAUAAAAAAAACGAAACGAAAUAUAGAUCUGUAUUUUAAUCCGAUUGUGUUAUUACAUCAGUAAUUGUCCUACAUUUGUGAUGACUACUUAUGUUUAGAGCGGACGUCUUGUUGACCAAGAUUACUGGUUGACAGAAGAGUAAAAUAAAAUGUCCGUUCUGCUGAUAAAUAUCACUAUGGAUCAUCGAAUAUUUAUUUAUGUGUUUAUUUAUUUUGUUAUUUGAUCAAAUGUUUAUUUGUUAUAUGAUAAUGAUAUUAAAGUAUUUUAUAUUUGA